AUGCUUACGCUAGGGACUAUCUUCUAUGUUUCACUUCUUCUCAUCAACGCAAUUGCAGUUCUCAGCGAGGACCGGUUUCUGGCCCGCAUUGGCUGGUCGACUGCCCAACCACAAAACCCCAAUGGAGGCUUCCAGCAAACCUACGAUCAGUCAAGUUACGGCGGCCAGCAGGACGUGGGGGUGAAAGGGCAAUUGAUAAAUCUCAUUAGCGCAGUGCGCACUCUCAUGCGAAGUACACGUUGCGUUUACAUCGUAGUAGUGAAGUUGGCUGACAACCAUAAUCUCUCAGUACCGCUCAUCGGUGUCAAUCUCGUCGUUAUCGUCUAUGAAGUCCUGUGGGGAGGCUGA